AUGAUCCCAAAAACCAUCUACCAUAACAAAGAAGACGACAGUGAAAGGGAAAAAACAAACCAAAACGCCGUCGUAUUACAUAUCCAUUUGACGAAAUUUGUCCCUUUCUUCCAUCACCCCACUCCACCCCACCUUCGUCACCAUCACUUCUCCAACCACUGAUCUCCUCUCACAGCAUCAAAGAUUCAAGAUAUAUUAAACAAAUUCAAUCCAAUCCCCCCACUCGCCGACCACAACAAAAAUAUCUCACCCCUUCCCUCGAAUUCUUCCCAAAAGCAACCGACUUUAGAGAAAUCUGGGCCCUUCUCUCUAUCUGUUUCGUGAUAAUCUUUAUUAUUAUAAUCACCCACAUAACCGGCAUCUUAGGGAAGAAGAAGUGGUUUCCGGGAUCUUUUGUUCAAGUUAAUCAGCCGCCGGUGAUCAUAUACUGUUGUGGAAUUGAUUGAUUUUUUGUCGUUUGGUUAACUGGAAUGUUAUUUGGGUUUGACUUUUGACGCCGGAGAAUGGAUCGGUCGAUGGCAGCGGCGAGUUCCGGUAUUGAUUUACCGAUCAUGCACGAUAGUGACCGGUACGAUUUGGUUAAAGAUAUUGGGUCGGGUAAUUUUGGAGUUGCUAGGCUUAUGAGAGAUAAACAGACUAAAGAGCUUGUCGCUGUUAAGUAUAUCGAAAGAGGUGAAAAGAUAGACGAAAAUGUUCAAAGGGAAAUCAUCAAUCACAGAUCUUUAAGACAUCCUAAUAUCGUUAGGUUCAGAGAGCUCAUAUUGACCCCAACCCAUUUGGCAAUUGUGAUGGAAUAUGCUUCUGGUGGAGAACUUUUUGAUCGAAUUUGCAAUGCAGGGAGGUUUAACGAAGAUGAGGCUCGAUUCUUCUUUCAACAACUCAUAUCUGGUGUCAGCUAUUGUCACUCUAUGCAAGUUUGUCACCGUGAUUUGAAGCUAGAAAAUACGCUGUUAGAUGGAAGCCCUGCUCCCCGUUUAAAGAUUUGUGAUUUUGGGUUACUCAAAGUCUUCGGUGUUGCAUUCACAACCAAAAUCUACUGUCGGUACACCAGCAUAUAUCGCACCCGAAGUGUUGCUUAG